AUGGCUAGCCUAUGUUAUCCAGGACAGCAGCUUUCACUUGACGAGUUCAUGGUGUUAUGGCGGGGGCGUUUAGUGUUUCGACAAUACAUAAAGAACAAGAGACACAAAUAUGACAUAAAACUGUAUAUAUUAACGGAGCCCAAUCGAAUUAUCGGACAUUCCAUCUACUUGGACAACUUCUAUAACUCUUUCGAGCUGGCGAACAAACUGACUAGCCGCAAUACUUAUUGUACUGGGACUUUGAGUUCAAAGAGGACUAACAAUCCCAAAGAACUUGUUGCCAGAAAGUUAAAAAAGGGAGAAUCAGCUGCCGUCUAUUCUAAUAAUAUAAUGAUCUGCAAGAGGAACGACAAACGAGAAGUUCUAUAUAUUUCUAAUGAGCAUCAAAACAACAUGGUUGAAGUUGUGGAUAGGAGGAAUCGGACAAAGCAAAAACCCUUGCCAAUUCUACAAUACAAUAAAUAUAUGGGAGGGGUAGACGACCAAGAUCAAGUGAAUUCCUAUUAUCCCUGCGAUAGGAAAACAUUGAGGUGGUAUAAAAAGCUUGGAAUUCACUUCAUACAACUUAUGCUUCUGAAUUCUUAUUUUUUUUAA